UUUCUUUAAGUGCAUUGCAUCUCUCUUCCUUUUCCCCCGCUCUCUCUCUCUCAGCUGGGAGAGAAACUACUGUGGGGCUGCCAACCUGUUUGCUUGUUUCUUCAAGUUCUUGUGGCUUCGGUGAUAAAAUAUUAAAGAUAACAAAAAUAAAAAAAUUAUGAAGCAUGCCUCACGUACUCGGAGACGCCCCAAGUGUGUCCCUAGCGGACACUGAAGCUGCCUCCGAACCAGGACCAGAAUCGCCACCAGCACCGCCGACAGCACCGUCUCCCUUGAAGGACACAUCGAACAUCCGGGAGGACCCACAAAGACCACUCAAGUGCUUGGAAACCCUCGCCCAGAAAGCCGGCAUCACCUUCGACGAGGACUCCAGUCCCAGCAGUCGGACAUCCUCGGCCGCCGGUACACCGACCUCGAAGCGACGCCAUCCACUCCUAAGGAAUAUACUAAGUGCUCCGAGUACUCCCAGCACGACGCGACGCAGCCACACGCUGGAGAAGUCACAGAGUCCCGCACAACAGGUGGCGACCACCGCCACGGUGCCGCUGCAGAUCUCCCCGGAGCAGCUGCAGCAGUUGUACGCCGCCAACAAUCCGUAUGCCAUUCAGGUGAAGCAGGAGUUCCCCAGCGCAGGCGGUGGCGCCACCGGGGCGGAACUGAAACAUGCCGCCAACAUCCUGGAGGUCCAGCAGCAGAUGCAACUGCAGCAGCAGCUCUCCGACGCGGCCAGCGGUGGAGCCGGAGGAGCAGGUGGCGCGGCAGGAGGAGGCGGUGGAGCGGGUGGAGGAGCUCCUAGUCCGGCCAAUGCCCAGAACGCCCAGCAGCAGCAGCAGCAACAGCAGUCCACUGCCAUCAGCACCAUGUCGCCCAUGCAGCUGACCGCCGGCGGAGUGGGCGGGGAUUGGGCCCAGGGCAGGACUGUCCAGCUGAUGCAGCCCUCCACACAGUUCCUUUACCCGCCGAUGUUCGUGUCCGGCAACCUGCUGCAUCCGGGCAGCCUGGGCCAGCAGCCCAUCCAGGUGAUCACGGCGGGGAAACCGUUUCAGGGCAAUGCCCCCCAGAUGAUAGCCACCACCACCCAGAACGCCAAGCAGAUGAUCCAGGCGGCGGGCCAGGCGGGAUUCGCGGGAGGGGCCUACGCCUCCUGCAUCCCGUCGCUCCCCUCCCUCCACUCCACCUCCACCCACAACCAGUCGCCCCAGACGCUGCUCAUCUCGCCCGUGAACGUCAUCUCCCCCUCCCCCCAGCAGCAGCAGAACCUCCUCCAGUCGAUGGCCGCCGCCCAGCAGCAGCUCUCGCAGCAGCAGCAGCAGCAGCAGCAACAGCAGCAGCAGCAGCAACUCACGCAGCAGCAGCAACAGCAGCAGCUGACGGCCGCCCUGGCCAAGGUGGGCGUGGACGCGCAGGGCAAGCUGGCCCAGAAGGUGGUCCAGAAGGUGACCACCACGAGCAGCACGGUCCAGGCGACGGCGGGCGGCACGGGAGUGGGCGUGGGCGUCGGACAGGGGGGUGGGGGGCAGGGCCAGCAGGUGCAGCAAGUCCAGCAGCAGCAGCAGCAGACCACCCAGACCACGCAGCAGUGCGUCCAGGUGUCGCAGUCCACCCUCCCGGGCGUGGCCCAGUCGGUGCAGGCGGCCCAGCUCCUGAAUCCCGGCCAGGCGCAGCAGAUGCAGAUCCCCUGGAUCUGGCAGAACGCCGCCGGGCUCCAGCACUUUGGUUCCAAUCCCAUCAUCCUGAGGGGGCAGCCGGACGGCACAUCCGGGAUGUUCAUCCAGCAGCCGACGACGCAGACGCUCCAGACGCAGCAGAACCAGAUCAUCCAGUGCAAUGUGACCCAGACUCCCACUAAGGCGCGCACCCAGCUGGACGCACUGGCUCCGAAGCAGCAGCAGGCGGGGAACAGCAGCCAGGCGCAGCAGCAGCAGCUGGCGGUGGCCACUGCCCAGUUGCAGCAGCAGCAGCAGCAGCUGACGGCCCUCCAGCGGGCAGGGGCUCCCGUGAUGCCCCACAACGGCACCCAGGUGCGUCCGGCCAGCUCCGUCUCCACCCAGACGGCCCAGAACCAGAGCCUGCUGAAGGCCAAGAUGCGGACCAAGCAGACGCCGGUGCGGCCCGCUCUCCCCACCCUCAAGACGGAGAACGGGCAGGUGGCGGGCCAAAACAAGGUGGUGGGUCACCUGGCCACCGUCCAGCAGCAGCAGCAGGCGGUGGCGGCGGCGAAUCUCCAGCAGGUGGUCAACUCGGCGGGCAACAAAAUGGUGGUCAUGAGCACCACGGGCGCUCCCAUUACGCUCCAGAACGGCCAGACCCUGCACGCCGCCACUGCGGCCGGAGUGGACAAGCAGCAGCAGCAGCUGCAGCUCAUCCAGAAGCAGCAACUGCUGCAGCAGCAGAUGCUGCAGCAGCAACUGGCGGCCAUCCAGAUGCAACAGCAGGCGGCAGUCCAGGCGCAGCAGCAGCAGCAGCAGCAAGUCUCCCAGCAGCAGCAGCAGCAGGUGGCGGCGGCACAGCAGCAACAAGCGGUGGCCGUGGCGCAACAGCAGCAGCGCGACCAGCAGCAGCAGCAGCAACAGCAGCAGGUCCAGGCGCAGCAGCAGCAGGCACUCACCAAUGCCACGCAGCAGAUCCUUCAGGUCUCAACGAAUCCCUUCAUCACGCAGCAGCAGCAGCAAUUGUUGCAGCAGCAGUUGCAGCAGCAACAACAGCAACUGCAGCAACAGGCGCAGCAGCAGCAGCAGCAAAGGGAGCAGCAGCAGCACAACAUCAUCCAGCAGAUUGUGGUGCAGCAGACGGGAGGCGCCACUGGCCAGCAAUCGGCGCCAUCCGGGCAGCUCCAGCUUAGCAGUGUUCCCUUCUCGGUGUCCUCGACGACCACGCCCUCGGGCAUAGCCACCUCCAGUGCCCUGCAGGCGGCCCUCUCCGCCUCCGGGGGCACCCUCUUCCAGACCAGCAAGUUGGCCACAGCCAGCUCCUCGCUGCCCACCAGCAGCGUGGUGACCAUUUCCAACCAGAGCACCACUCCGCUGGUCACCAGCAGCACGGUGACGACUCUUCAGCAGGCACAGGCACAGGCCCAAGCCCAAGCCCAGGCUCAAGCUCAGGCCCAAGCUCAGGCGCAGGCCCAAGCUCAGGCACAGCUCCAGCAGCAGCAACAGCAGCUGAUCUCCGCCAGCAUUGCUGCAGCGACUCAGCAGCAGCAACAGCAGCAGCAGCAGCAGCAGCAGCAGCAAUCCCAGGGAGCAGGGACACUCACCCAGAGCUCCAAUCCCAUUCUGGCCAUUACCUCCAUGAUGAACGCCACUGUGGGGCACCUCUCCACCGCUCCUCCAGUCACGGUGUCGGUCACCAGUACGGCGGUGACGCCCUCCUCGGGUCAGCUGGUGGCCCUGAGCGGCGCCAGCAGCGGGGGAGGAGGAGUGGCGGGCAGCCACCCGGCCACUCCCACCAAGGAGACUCCCUCGAAGACUCCCACGGCCACCCUGGUGCCCAUUGACUCUCCGAUGACGCCCGUCGCUGGCCAGGAUAGCAAAUCCGCCACUCCUGCCAGUGCGAGUGCCUCGGCGGAGGCGAGCAGCUCCACGAGCGAAGCCCUGCCGAAUGGAGAUGCCUCCGAGGUGGUGUCCACGCCCACCAAGUGCGCCACUCCCACCUCCAACCUCACGCCGACCAGCAAGCAGCGGAGCAGCACUCCCGGGGGCAAGGAGGAGGUGAAGGUGUCCACUGCCACCAGUGGCACGACCACCACGUCCACCCCCACCACCUCCAGCAUCUCGAACGGCAUCGGGCUGGCUCGGAGCACGGGGAGCAGCACUGUUACCACCACUAGCACCACCACCGCCACCAGCUGCGCCAUCACCACCACCACCACGACCAGCAGCCUCAACGGAGGAGCCAAGGAUCUGCCCAAGGCGUUGAUCAAGCCGAACACCCUGACCCACGUCAUCGAUGGCUUCAUCAUCCAGGAGGCCAACGAGCCCUUCCCGGUCACCAGGCAGCGCUACGCCGACAAGGACAUCCAGGACGAGCCUCCCAAGAAAAAGGCCGCCAUGCAGGAGGACAUGAAGGACAUCAAGCCGAGUGGCAUCAGCAGCACCCCCACACCCCCUCCGGCGGACAUGAUGGCCUGCGAGCAGUGCGGCAAGCUGGAGCCGAAGACCAAGCUGGAGCACAAGAACAAGCUGAAGAGGAAGCGCUUCUGCUCGCCGGGAUGUGCCCGGCAGGCGAAGAACGGAGUGGUCGCCGCCAUGGAGACAAAUGGCAUAGUGGCCGUGGAUGCCAUGGCCCAGGUGGACAAACUGGAGGAUGCCAUUGCGGAGGCCAAGAUCCAGGCCGAGCCAUCCCUGCCGCCUGCUCCGAUGGAGUUCUCGGGACUGUCGCUCCCAGUUCCGAGUCCAUCCGUUCCGAUUGGUUUUCCGAUUGGUCUGGAGCCCUACGUGCCAAUGGAUAUAGCGGCACCACCCCUGCCUCCGCUGGCGCCCGCCGGAGUGGUUACUCUGGCGACUCCCGCCAUCACCUCCUCCGUGGCGAAUGGUGCCCCACCCGACCGUCCCCCAAUCAGCAGCUGGUCGGUGGACGAGGUGAGCAACUUCAUCCGAGAGCUGACCGGCUGCCAGGACUACGUGGACGACUUCAUCCAGCAGGAGAUCGACGGGCAGGCGCUGCUCCUGCUCAAGGAGAACCAUUUGGUUAGUGCGAUGGGCAUGAAGCUGGGCCCCGCCCUCAAGAUCGUGGCCAAGGUGGAGUCCAUGAAGGAGGUGCCGCCUCCCCCCGCCGGAGAAGCGGGCGGCAAGGAGGCGGGCGUGACUCAAUAGUGUCGAAUGAUGCUAUCGCCCUCGUAUUCGAUUACUCCGCCACCGUACUCGCCGGUGGCCACCUCGCUGCUCCCGACCAGUCUGGCAGCUCCUUCGCCCGCUGCCACCCCGCCCCCCGAGUCGGAGGACAGUAGCGGUGGCAGUCACCUGUGCUUCGACCUCACCACCCGUCUCUGCCACGACCUCAAGCUGGAGUAGGACAGAGUAGGACGGGGGUCUUAUUUGGGGAAUGUGAUUCCCCUAGUGACCUUGGGAGGGGGAAGGGGGGAGCAUCCAUCUCACUCACACACUUGUACAGACCUCUCAUCACUUCACCUCUCUUAGGAUUAGGAUUAGGAUUAGGAUUAAGGACCAGACCUGGAAUAGCUGAUAAGUCGACGGAACUAUGCAGAUUAUUUAUUAAUUUCUCGCAGUCUAAUUUAGAUUGUACGGAUUAGUUUUAAGUCCAAAAAUCUGAUAUAAUAUAUAUAUACAUUAUUUGCAA